UGGUUGUCGUGCGGGCAGGCGAGCGGGCGUGGACGAGCAAGCGAGCGGGCGUGGACGAGCAGGGCAGACGGGGGUGGGCGAUAAAGGUGGGACACAUCGACGGCGCAUCGAGGCCAGAACCGUGCGCCGCCAGCCUUGUGAGUGACAUUGGAGAAGCGCUCGCGAAGACUCAAUCCAGCACAGGCGUGGGACACGCAGCCCGUGAGCGCGUGGUCCCAGGGGGGCCGCCAUGCCGAAGAAAAAGGGCCCCAAGAAGCCCAAGGGCACCAAAGUGACGCUGGCGAUGGCGCAGAACCGCAUGCGCACCACGCUCGACGGCAAGCGCCGGCUGGACCUCAGCAACAUGGGCAUCGCCUCCUUCCCCAAGAGCAUCCUCAAGCUGAGCGAUGUGGAGGAGCUGGACCUGAGCCGCAACGCGCUGCGCUCGCUGCCCGACACCGUGGGCCGCUUCCAAAACCUGCGCUGGCUCGACCUGCACAGCAACCGCCUGGAGAGCGUGCCGCCGGCCGUGGGCUCGCUGCUCAAGCUGGUGCACCUCAACCUGUGCAACAACCGCCUCACGGCCGACGGGCUGCCCCGCGAGCUGGCGCAGCUGCGCAUCCUCCGCAACCUCAACCUGGGCCUCAAUGCGCUGGAGCGGCUGCCCGGCUGGCUCGCGGCGCUCAAGGAGCUCACCGAAAUCGGCCUCUUCGACAACCGGCUCAAGGGCCUGCCGGACGCCGUCAUCAAGCUGCCCAAGAUCCAGCGCCUCAACGUCAAGCGCAACCCGUUCCCCGAGCCGACGGACAAGGCCGCCGGCGGCCGCGAGGUGGAGCGCGAGCGAGGCUUGCUGCUGGUGCCGCGCCAGGUCAUGUGCGCGCCGUGCCGGGAGCACUGCGAGCACGAGCGGGAAAGGAUCAGCCAGCUGAGGGAGGCGGCGCUGGCCGCCGCGUUGGCUGCGGCGGUGCGGAGACCGCGUGUCGGCGCCGUGAGGUCGCAGCAAACCGCGUCCACCGACACGCAGGCCGACACACCGUGGAAGUGAACGGUGGUGGUGCCGGCGCGCCUCUAAUCCAGCACGUUGGAGUGCGUACUACCCCUUCACCCCACUCGGAUCCCGCUCGGAUAAAGGGGUAGCACGGGAGAUUGCAGCACAAGCAAGGUGGUUCGUGAGCCUGUCUGUACGACAGACAAUUGAGUGCUACCUCCUCGUAUUGUGUGGUGGGUUUUCCCCGGGUGCUAUGGUUUCCUGGCAUUGCAAAUCACUCCUGAGUGGAAUUGGCCAAACAUUCCAAUGCAAACCUCUCAAUAUAAAGGGCCGCCUCUCUCGAGACCCCCUGAAUACGCCCUUGUUAUUCAUUGCAAAAAUUCCCCCAUUAUAUUCCCACUGUGCAAUCGGCAUUACACAGCGAGCGGCGGUGAGACACCACGACCUUCCAUUUGGACGUCUCGCAGAGAACGGCGUAGACCUCGCACCGUGUCGUUGGAAAUGACCUCGGCUAAUUCUGGAGUCCCCAAGGCAGACCCCUCCACACUGGUGACACAGCGGGCAGGUGGAGCGAUAUGAGCACCGACACACAGCGAGCUGAUCCCUGCACACGUCGCCCCCUUCUCAGAGAGAGACCCCGACACCUGGCUUUGAGCGCAUCCGGCGUGUGCAUUUCCAGGAUAUAAAUAUUCUAAACUUUAAUCUUCUAAACGUAUUUUCUUAAUGUUGUCAACAAAUAUUCACAAACAAUGUGUGCAUGGCACGUGUUUCUGUACCCCCACCCCACCUAUAUAAUUAUUUCUCGAGUGAUUUCCUGUUCACUUGAGCAUCUCCUAUCUACAUCCCUGAGCCAGUGAUUGAAGUUCCACAUUGCUAUGGCAGAGGUGAGGAUAUUCGUAGGGCAACCACUGUUGACUUCCCCACAAGGCGGUACUCAUUUUAUUGGGCCCAGAGACAGGGAUGAUGGGCGGCUGAGUCAACCCACAACCGGGAUUUGAACUCACGACCUUCUGCUUGCGAGCCGCUUUGUUGUACCGCUGAGCCGGAUAUAGAAUUUUACGCGGAGAUAUUAACCACAGGUGCUUGAGCGUACCGCCACCCAUAAUGAGUGACACACUGCUAUAUUUACACUCACAAACCUGGGUGAAUAACGAUGUCUGAUUUAGCACAAUGACGAAUAAUGAAUAAAAAAACUACUUCCCAUCAA